GUUGGAGUUUAUCAUUCCGGUAGUGGAAAACAACCCUCUCUCGCCUCUACUUGUUGAUUGCAUUUGGGUCAUUUUCAAGAACACCUACUGCAGAUAUUGUAACGCUGGUGGAGGUUUUUGGGGAAGCGCAGCGCAUGUUUCAGUCCCGAAGACAACUGGAUCACCAGCAUCGAGACACGGAACACGAGGAAUAACAGAGUCCCCACAUGGCCUGCGGAGAGAGGACCAUGGAUUUAAGCAAUGCUAGUGGACACCCACCACCCACUGCCAAUGGAAACUCCACAUCAAACACCUGUACACCAGCUGGUAGUGAUCAGGACCAUCUCACUGCUGCCCCUAGUGGUGGUUGCGUCUCAGAUGGAGCAGAGAAUGUUGUAGUCCUGGGUGCAGUUCCCAGAACACAGCAGAAACCAUGUGUCAUCCAGAUAGCCAACAGAACCAGCCAAAACGGUGGAAUGAUCAAACAGAACGGUUCCCUCAAAAACCCUUCCCCCUCCUCCUCCCCUGCUUUCCCUUCCACCUCUCCCUGCCCGGCUGUCAGAGACUCACAAAGGUCAGAAGAGGGCCACCUUCCUUUUACCCUCUCCCCAUCAUCGUGUUCUCCUCCCCUUCAGCCCCUGUCGCUGAGCUGCCAACACUGCCACUUCCACCCUGCUCUGUGCUACCAGUGUAAUCACCAAGAGUGUCACCUCUUCCACAGUCCAGGUGUAGGCACGAGGCCCUGCCCAGUCCCCCACCCUGCAUCGCCCUCUCCUUGUCCCUGCUGUCACUUAGUCCCCAGGAAACCAAACCCCCCCUCUCCUCCAGCUCAUCCCUCCUCCCCUAGCUGUGUGUAUCAUCAUCGCUGGCAAGGACAACUCCAGAGCAAGCCAAAUGGACCUGCAAUCAGCCCCGCGAGGCCCUUUCGAUUCCCAAAAAGCUAUGCUGAGCUGAUAGCUGAUUGGCCAGUGGUGGUGUUGGGUGUGUGCACAGUGCUCAUUGUGAUCUGUGCCCUGGUGGGCAUCCUGGUACCUGACCUGCCUGAUUUCUCCGAUCCACUGCUGGGUUUCGAGCCACGAGGAACAGCCAUAGGUCAGCGACUGGUGACAUGGAACAACAUGGUGAAAAACACAGGCUACAAAGCUGCCCUUGCUAACUACCCAUUCAAAUAUGCUGAUGAGCAGGCCAAAAGUCACCAAGAGAACAGGUGGAGUGAGGACCAUUUUGACAGAGAAAAACGUCAAGCGGAGUGGGACUUCAGCAAAGACAGUUUCUUUUGUGAUGUUCCAGGUGAUAGGUAUUCAAGACUAGUGUUCACAUCAGCCGAGGGGAAGAAUCUGUGGAGUGUACAGGCGAUCAAAUCCAUGUGCAACCUGGACAACACAAGGGUGCGCUCCCACCCCCAAUACUGGAGACUCUGCCAACGCACAAAUGAUGCCUCAUGCUGUCCCAGCUGGACACUGGGCAACUACAUCGCCAUCCUCACCAACAAGUCCUGCUGCCAAAAGAUUACUGAACGUGAUGUCUCACAUACUCUUAAGAUUCUGCGCUCAUGUUCAAAAUAUUAUCAUAAUGGCACUCUUGGGCCUGACUGCUGGGAUAUGAGCACACGGCGGAAGGACCAGCUCAAGUGUGCCAAUGUGCCUCGAAAAUGUACCAAGUACAAUGCAGUGUAUCAGAUCCUUCACUUCCUGGUGGACAAGGACUUCCUCAGUCCCAAAAAUGUGGAAUACCUUCCUCCAACCCUUAAGUAUAGCAUGCUCUUCUCCCCCACAGAAAAAGGUGAGACCAUGAUGAACAUUUACACUGACAACUUUGAGAACUGGAACUCCUCUGAUGGUAUCACCACCAUCACAGGAAUCGAGUUCGGGAUCAAACACUACCUGUUCCAGGAUUACCUCCUCACAGAUACGGUGUACCCAGCCAUUGCCAUAGUGGUUGUCCUGUUGGUGAUGUGCAUAUACACACGCUCGAUUUUCAUCACACUUAUGACACAAAUAGCUAUCAUCAGCUCACUUAUCGUCUCCUACUUCCUCUACCGCAUAGUCUUCAACUUUGAAUUCUUCCCUUUUAUGAAUCUUACAGCCCUCAUUAUUCUGGUUGGCAUUGGGGCUGAUGACGCCUUUGUGCUCUGUGAUGUCUGGAACUAUACCAAGUUUGAUAAGCCUCAUGCUGAGCUGGCAGAGACUGUAAGCAUCACCCUGCAACAUGCCGCUCUUUCCAUGUUUGUCACCAGCUUUACCACUGCUGCUGCCUUCUUUGCCAAUUAUGUCAACAACAUCACAGCCAUACGUUGUUUUGGUGUGUAUACAGGGACAGCCAUAUUAGUCAACUACAUUCUUAUGGUGACCUGGCUUCCUGCUGUAGUUGUGCUUCAUGAACGCUACUUGCCCAACACGUUUUUGUGUUCCAAGUUUUCACACCAACAGGGAGGUUACUGGGCUGGCCUUUGGCAGAGGGCCAACAAAUGCCUGUUUAUUGUCUCUGAGGCUUCAAGAAUCUUUUUUGAGAAAGUUUUGCCCUGCAUUGUUAUAAAGCUACGCUACUUGUGGCUCUUCUGGUUCUUUGCUAUCACAGUGGGUGGGGCCUAUGUGGUUUGUGUCAACCCCAAGAUGAAGCUCCCAUCCCUAGAGCUAGCAGAGUUCCAAGUAUUCCGUUCCUCACACCCCUUUGAGCGCUAUGAUGCCGAGUUCAAAAAGCUCUUCAUGUUUGAGAGGGCCCAUCAUGGCGAGGACCUCCACAUGCCUAUCACCAUCAUCUGGGGGGUGACCCCUGUGGAUAAUGGCAACCACUUGAACCCCAAAAACAAGGGUAAGUUGAUGCUGGAUAGUAGCUUCAACAUUGCCAGCCCGGCCUCCCAACUGUGGAUCCUCAGUUUCUGCCAGAAGCUAAGGAAUCAGAGCUUUGUCUUCCAGUCAGAGGAGCAAGACUUCACCAGCUGCUUCAUCGAAACUUUCAAACAGUGGAUGGAGAACCAGGACUGUGAAGAGGCCUCGGUCUACCCUUGCUGCAGCCAGUCCACCUUCCCCUACAAACAGGACGUCUUUGAGCUGUGCAUUAAGAGAGCCAUUAUGGAACUAGAUAGAAGUACAAUCUAUCACCUCGACAGCAAGACCCCGGGACCUCGAUUUGAUAUCAAUGAUACCAUCAAGGCCAUUGUUCUGGAAUUCCAAAGCACCUACCUCUUCACACUAGCCUAUGAGAAGAUGUACCAGUUUUACCAUGAGGUGGACACCUGGAUCAGUGAAGAGCUGCUCUACGCCCCAGUAGGCCUCAGCCAUGGUUGGUUUGUCAGCAACCUGGAGUUCUAUGACUUGCAGGACAGCCUAUCUGAAGGCACACUGGUUGCCAUGGCACUGGCAGUGGCUGUGGCCUUCACUGUCAUGCUACUGACUACCUGGAAUGUCAUCAUCAGCCUCUUCGCCAUCCUGUCCAUUGCUGGGACCAUCUUUGUCACUGUGGGCUCUCUGGUGCUCCUUGGCUGGGAGCUCAAUGUGCUUGAAUCUGUUACCAUCUCUGUUGCUGUGGGUCUGUCUGUGGAUUUUGCUGUCCACUAUGGUGUGGCAUACCGACUGGCACCAGAACCUGACCGCGAGGGUAAGGUGGUUUUCUCCCUCAGCCGCAUGGGUUCUGCUAUUGCCAUGGCAGCAUUAACCACCUUUGUUGCUGGGGCAAUGAUGAUGCCAUCGACUGUGUUAGCAUAUACUCAGCUGGGCACCUUCAUGAUGCUGAUUAUGUGCAUCAGCUGGGCCUUUGCCACUUUCUUCUUUCAAUGCAUGUGUCGCUGCCUGGGACCACAGGGUACCUGCGGCCAGAUCCCUCUACCCAAGAAGCUCCAGCGCCAGGCAUUUUUCAAUGGCAAAGCCACUAGCCCCUCUCCCCAAGGAAAAAAUUCUGUUUUGGGGAAGUACCAGUUCGACAGCAGAGGUGGUGAGGUGGAGCAUUAUGAGUUAGAGCCUCUGGCAUCCAGUCAUAGAAAUGAGGAGAAACCUGCUGAGGAACAAGAGAUGGACACUCAGCUUUAUAAAGUGAUAUCCCCACAUCAGCACACUGCUUGCUUUUCACAUAACCUAUAUGAAGGCCAAACUGAGUCUGCAAUAAUUAGCGCUGAGAAUGGGCAAGAAGCCACACUGGACACACUGUCCAUGUGUCAAUAUUCUCAAAGCACCAACUGCUCAUGUAGUGACCCCCCUCAUGCUCAAUUACCUCAGCAUUGGGCUGCCCAAUGCUGCAUUCAGAUUGCAAAGGAACCUUCAUCCUGCCCCCCAUCUCCUCAGCUGUUCCCUCUCACAGGAUAUUGCCCGAAACAACAAAAUGCAGCCCUGUUUUCCACAACCCUGGACACAGUCUACAAGAAUAAAGAGUGCUGUUUGCACUAUGUCCACUAUUCACCUGCCCAUUUCCAUCACACUUCCCCGGGAAAAGCGGUGACGCCCAUGCAUGAAGUUGCCCACACCUGCCACCUUAAGAACUACUGCUGUCACACUGCAACCCUCCAGGUUGACCCAGCCAGUAAACAGAGACCCACUGCCAAAGGGCUCACCCAAGACAUAAGCUCAGCUCCUGGUCAUAUCACAGACCUGAAGUCUGUUGGGCAACAAGAAGAAAACCAUAAGGCUGAAGUGAGACCCACAAGUCCUGAUCUUGGCCCAAACUUCAGCACCACAGCACAGGCAAAGUCCCAGGCUAAAGGCCUCCCGUCAUUUAUGGUGUGUGCGUUGCCCCUACCAGACACCACUUCCACACAUCUGACCAGUCAUGGCAUGCAGAGGGAAACAGAAAAAGACCGGUGUUACAGUGGUAAUCACAAGUUUACCACAAGCACCAAAACAAUGAUGCAAACAAAUGUUUAUUGUAAAGUCAAAAAGUUCAAGCAGCCCUCCAAAAGAGAGGUGUUCUCUGCCUCCCAAAACAAUUUAUACUGUUUUAAUAGGACGUUAAGAGUAAAGUGCAAUUCUGUUUCAGAGUUCAAGCCAAAUACUGAAGCUGAUAUGCCUUCUCUUGCAAUAAAUAUCUCAUCUGAAAGUUUAUGUUGACCAUCAAGAGAUGUUUAAACAGACUGAAACCCUAAAGAACACAUUGUCCAAGACAAUAUGCAGUGUCCCUGUGAAAUCAGUGUUUGGAUGUCAUUCAAGUGCCUCUUCUUUUUUUCUUUCUUUGUUUUCUUUCUUUUUUUAGAUAGUAUGGACACAAGUAUUUUCUGUUUACAUUUUUUGUUUUCAUCAAAAAAAUCAAUUCAUGUCAUAUUUUAUAGUAAAACGCUUUUUUAAUGAGGCUGUAAUAAGUGAAAGAGAAGUGAUAAGUCCUUCUGGGAGUUAUGGGUGCUUCUGUAAGAGACCAGUUAAAAGCCCAACAGUUGUGUGGUAUACGUUUGUGUUCAGCCGCAGCAUCUGUUACACAGGAAGAUAAAGGUGUAUAUAUUUUGAAAGAAUUGCUUUUGGGGCUGCCUACCCCAAAGGCAACCCCCCCCCCCCAAGGGGAUUUACAAAGUGUAUCAAAAUUAAAAAUAUACACCAAGCACAAAUAUAUUAGAUUUACCUGGCUACAUGCAGAAAGGAAACACCCAAGUGGAAUGGUUAGAAUUGAAAGGAAGGUCAGAUAUAGUACGUGGAACUGUGAUGAAUUCAGUACAUGGCAUGACUGACAGGACUAAAACGUGCUCACAUGUUUAUUCUCAGCAACUGCCAUGAUCAUAAGUCAGCAAUAAAACUCUUCGUGCUCAUUGUAUUGUGAUAGUGUGCAACAAUCAUAACACAACAGUGUUAACCUGUAAAAGCUGGUGAAAUGUAUCCCUUAGUUGUAAUUCUUGUGUGGGAGCUAGUGUUGAAUCGAGUGGUUCUGUUCAAAUGCCACAUUGCAUUAGAUUCCAGUAUAAAUAAUGUAUAAUAAAAAGUUCUUAA